GGCUCGCGACCGCACCCAUGGUGCUGGCGGAGGCCAACGCCAGUGAAGUCCGACUGGCGGAGGAGCCGGACGACACAGUGCCCGCCGAAGCCACUGUGUUCCUGGGUGCCGUCGGUGUGCUGCUCGUCCUCCUUCUCCUGGCCUUUCUCUACAUGAACAAGCGCAUUUGCCUGUACGACCUGGGAGGACACUGCUGCGAGGAGCUCCUGGCCAAGCCCUCCCACUACAACGUCCGGACGAGUGUUCACGAGCCGGCGGACGGCGGCGACAGCUCGUCAGAGCCGGACGAGACCGUGCACGGCGGCAUCGGGUACGAGCGGCCCAGCCUCUACCGACAGUUCAGCCUGCAGCCUGCGCCGGCGGGCACCGCCCCCGACCGGCCACCCUCCACAGAUAGGGGACCGGACCUCAGCCUGGCCGAGCGGGGCAGGGUCGGCGGAGGCACCUCGUCCUCCUCGUCCUCCACCACGUCCGGCGAGGACGAUCUGACGUCAUCACUGCGUCACCGUGACGUCAGACGGCAUGGCCAGCUGUCGGGCCGCACCCGCAGUCUGGACGCGCCGCCGGAGGCCUCGACAGCACCAUGCCUGGGUCCACGCAUCACCCACACAGAGGAGCGUCUGUUUGACGUGGCUGACCUGGAGGAGCCCGAUCUUCGGUCGCCCUGCGGAGCCGUGGAGGUGGCCUUCGCGUACGACUUCCCGACCAAGAAACUAACGGCACAGCUGCUGCAGGCGCGGAACGUACCCAGCCGGGACAGGGGCGGAGCCAGCAGCGCGCAGGUGCGCCUGGUCCUUCUGCCCGGAAAGAAGUCGCGGCUCCGCAGUCGGGUACAGCCCGGACCGAACCCGCAGUUCAACGAGGCGCUGGUGUUCCACAAAGUCAGCGCGGAGGACCUGCCGUCCAUGGGGGUGCGGCUGCGGCUGUACGGCUGCGAGCGGCUGCGGCGAGAGAGGAUGAUCGGCGAGGCGGCCGUGCCCUUCUCCAGCGUCAACAUGGAGCAGCAGACGCCCCAGUGGGUCAGCCUGCAGCCCAGAGCCAACAUGACGCUGGCGCCGAGCGGCAGCAGCGGCGACAUCAGCUCCCUGUCCCGGAGCGACAGCACCGGCAGCACGCAGAGCAUCCAGCGAGGCGGUCUGCCGGAGCUGCUGCUGGGUCUGCAGUACAGCGCCGCCACCGGCCGGCUGGCCGCCGAGGUCGUCAAGGGCUCCCAGUUCAGGUCGAGCGUGGGCAGCCGGGCGCCAGACACGUACGUCAGGCUUCACCUGCUGACCUGCAACGGUCAGGAGAUAGCCAGGAGCAAAACGUCGCUCAGGCGCGGACAGCCUAACCCGCUCUACAAAGAGACAUUCAUUUUCCAGGUGCCUCUUUUUCAGCUUUGUGACGUCACGUUGAUGGUCAGCGUCUACAACAAACGCAGCAUGAAGAAGCGAGACCUGAUUGGCUGGUUCGCACUUGGCCACAACAGCUCUGGCGCCGAGGAGCGCUCCCAUUGGACGGACCUGAGACACGCGCGCGAUGUGCAAAUCUGUCGGUGGCACGUGCUGUGCGAGGAGUAAGGCCCGCUCUUUCUGGCCUCACUGUGCUUUGCAACAUGCCAACGUUGUUGAAGCUUACCGAUUGCAAGCAGUUAUUUCGCCUGGGAGAGAUCCACGGGUACGCAAGUCAAGUGCUGUGUAAUUACCUAUGUAUUAGUUAAGCCUUCGAGCUUGGGGAUACACCAGGGACACACCAUAAUCUAGCGUGGAGCAAAAGCACAUUCCUCUUAAUUUAAAAAUACGCCCAAGUUGAGCCGAAUCUCGCGCCUUGCUUGACUUACGCCCAUUUUGAUGCCUUCGGCAGCAGUGUUUAACCUCCUACGUAAAGUCUAAAGAGAUGCGUUGUGGAUCCUCCCUCGCUUCAGCGCGUGUGAGCACCUGAGUUCUAUUAACAUGACUAAUAGGCUGAGCUUAUCACUAGCUUGCAGCUCGACGUCGGUCGGUACAGCAUCCUACCCAAUGCCAUUGCUGGCCGGGUACCCCUUUUAUUCUUAACUGCUGAGCUUAUUCUUUUAACGACAUAGAUUUACAAGUUGAGCUUAAAGCUAUUUAGAUUCUUGAAGACCCUUUAGCGACGAAUCGCAUCAUGUUUUACUUUUGCGCUUUAUUACUGGUGCACUUAAGUUUCCCAAUGGCCCACGUAAGGCAUAGACGGGACAGGAAUGGAAUGCGCGGUGCCGACCACCGAACAGUAGGGUGAAUAGUUCCUUUGUUAUUCGGGAAUUUGUGAACCGAUUUUUGUGAAUCCUGACCUGCAUCUCCUGCAACGUGCCUGUUAGACCUGUUUCGCUGCACCUUUGAUGCGCAUCGUAUGAGAUGAGAAAAGCAGACACAUGGCACGGGCAGGGAGGUCGUGUGUUUGUCAUGUCCCUAUUUAGCUGGUUUCACGAAGUCCCCUGCGGGAAAACAUAAUUUGUACAAAGCGCGACUGUGACUGGACUGUUGAACCUUUGAUAAGAACGCGUGCUGGCCACGCUUAGUUGGACAUUGCUGCUCAACUUCCUGUUUAUCAAGACGCACAAGUAUUGUAACACAGCAUGGCUGCGUAUCAUUACGCAAAUGUCUACGUCCCGCACGGGAAAGGUAUUAUGUGCACCCUCAAUUUAACCUAUGUAGAAUGUGCAGUAGGUACGAGCGAAGUUAUAUGCAUAUAUCUACGACAUUUUUUCCAGGGUGCGGUGUCUGGGAUCGUUAUGGCACAUGUUUUGCGUGUAAAAA